AUCUCAAAAAAAAAAAAACAUAAAGAAAAAGGUGAGCAGCCCGUUCACGUUUUUUCUGGGCACAACUUCACAAAACACCGCCGAUCGAAGGUCGUUUGUGGUCGGAUUUAGCUGAAAUUUUGUCAGUUUAUCCGAGACAUCUUGGGCCAUAUUCUAGACAGUGCGAUUUUCAUCUAGUGCUCUGGUUUGUGAAUUGUGAGACAUCGCUGCUGUAUUGAUCUCUGUUUUCUGGUGAUAUUUCUCAAUCUUUCGCUUCCAUUAAACAUCUCCUGCUAUGCUCAAUUGCGGAGGAGCGAGUGCCGACUCCAAAAAUCAAUGGAAGCAUAUGGGGCAAGACGAGAAAAAAAUGGCAGUUCAGGAAGAGAUGAAGAGGAUGCAUCAAUUGCCUGCCAAUAGUACUUAUGUCACUCAUCGUCUCCGUGUUCUUAAUAAAAUUUUGCAGCUCAUGUCUAUCCAGAGAUCUAUAUCAGAAGACGAGGAGUUGGAGUUGCUUUUCUCUGGGUUGUCCAUUUAAGCAGAAGGUAAUGGGCUAAUGGUUGUAUCUACUGCUAUGAAUAUGAAUGAUGUAAUAUGGUUCUGAAAUGACAAAUGUUGUAGUGGUACAAUGCGUUCCUCGAGAAGUGCUUACCCCCUAAUCAAUCCUAGUGGCGCGUGACAUUUCAAAUC